CGUUUCCAUGGCAGCGGGAGCCAACAGGGAGGCGCCGCCAUGAGCCCGCCCGAGGUGGAGCCGCUCGUGUGCCAGAAGUACGAGAUCAAGAGGCGCCUGGGCAAGGGGGCCUACGGCAUCGUCUGGAAAGCAAUCGACCGCAGGACAGGAGAAAUAGUCGCUGUUAAAAAGAUUUUUGAUGCUUUCAGGAACAGGACGGAUGCUCAGAGAACAUUUCGAGAGAUUAUGUUCCUGCAGGAAUUUGGAGAACAUCCAAAUAUCAUCAAGCUGCUCGAUGUUAUCCAAGCUGAGAAUGACAAGGAUAUCUACCUCAUCUUCGAGUCCAUGGAGACAGAUUUACAUGCUGUUAUUAAGAAGGGGAAUUUGCUGAAAGACAUCCACAAGUGUUACAUUCUCUACCAGCUCCUGAAGGCAACUAAAUACAUCCACUCGGGGAAUGUCAUUCACAGGGAUCAGAAGCCCUCCAAUGUCCUGCUGGAUGCAGAGUGCUGUGUGAAGCUGUGUGACUUUGGGCUGGCCCGUUCCCUGUGCCAGCGGGGCGAGGAGCAGCCCAGCCCUGCCCUGACCGAGUACGUGGCCACGCGCUGGUACCGCGCCCCCGAGAUCCUGCUGGCCUCUCGCAGUUACACUAAAGGUGUAGACAUGUGGAGCAUUGGCUGUAUUCUGGGAGAGAUGCUGCUUGGGAAGCCUCUUUUCCCUGGAACAUCAACAAUGAAUCAAAUAGAGCAGAUCCUAAGGGUCAUCCCUGCUCCGUCCCCAGAAGAUAUUUUGGCUCUGCAGUCAGAGUACAAGGCCUCAGUUAUUAACCACAUGAGUUCCCGGCAGCGAGUAACAUUUGAGGAGAUUUUCCCAUCCUCUACUCCACUGCCUGCCUUGGAUCUGCUGAAGAAACUUCUGGUCUUUAACCCUGACAAACGGCUCACGGCAGAGGAGGCUCUGCAGCAUCCUUAUGUGAACAGAUUCCACUGUCCUUCCAGGGAGCCCUCUUUGGAUUAUAAUGUGGUCCUUCCUUUGGGUGAUGAUGUCCAGCUGUCUGUGGCAGAAUAUCGAAAUAAAUUAUAUGAGUUGAUCCUUGAAAAAAAAUCAAGGAGCCGUCUAAAGGAGCGAGGGCGGAGAGAAAACACUCAGCUGAGCCAGUCUGAACCCAGCCCACUUCUCCCAGAUUUCAGCUCAGUGACUGUACCCACCAGAAAAGUCCAGCAAGAACCAGCACCUCCUCUCCUAAACCCUUCCCACGUGCAUGCUGGAGCCACAGCUGGAGUCCAGCCAACAGGACCCAGCCAGAGCAAGGAUUUGGCCAGAACUGUGUGUCAGAGAUCACAGAUGAGCGUGAUGAUGUACAACCCCAUCACACACACCACUGUGCAGAGAAAUGCAAAUCCUGGUGCUGGGAUCAGGAACUUUUCUGCACCACCUCAACAGCCCAGAAUCUCCAACGAUGGGAAACUGGGGAGACAAAACUCAUGGACAAACACUGGGCUCCCUCCUACAGGUGUGCAGAACCUUUACAAUAAUCCCAGAAACUCUCAGAGUCACAGCAAAGAUGCUCGUCCCCUUCUGAAGCCCAGUAAAAAGAUGUUCCAGAUCACUGCAAAUGUGGGAGCUGCGGGUGAUCCAAGAGCAUCGAUGGGCAGCUACUCCCAGGCCUAUGGAACCAUCAGUAAAUCUGCCCUGCAGAGUCUUCCCAUAACAAAGGCCUCCCAAAACCCCGAGCAGUGAAUGAGGAGAUGUUCCAGCCAGAAAGCAGAGUUCCAUGAGAUACUAUUGCUGAGACAUCGUGAAGGUGUUACCAGGCUACAGUGGGACCACAGGAAACUUUAUAUUCCUGUUUUAAUGCGGAUUUUGGAUACAUUCUCAUUAACUUGAAGUUGUUGUCUGUGUCCCUGAAGUUUUACUCCUCCUGUGAUAAAUGAUUGUUAUUCCAGAACAUUGGAACUACAGUUACCAAGGGGAUUCAGGUGCUGAAUUCCAGCAUGGGUGGUCACUGGAGACUGGUAACAGGAGGGAGCCAGGAGUGCAGCUCCCAGGGAAGUCCAGGCUAAUUGUGGUAUAUUCAUAGUACAGAUGUUUCCUGCCUGUCUGAGGCACAGGGAGAUGUAGGAGUGGCAGUGCCAGGGGAGCCUGUGGUGUGGGCAGAGCUCUGAGCAGUGGGUUGGCUCCUGAGAGUCCAAAUGCUGGUUGUGGGGCAUUGGAGAGAGAAGGGCCCCCAAUUCCGGCUGUGACCUCCCCUGGAUCCUGGCCCCUCACAGCACGACAGCCAAGGUCCUCUGGGACCCCCAUCCCAGACUGAGAGGAGCUGGGCUGGGACACCAACAGGUUCUUCUUACAAUGGCUUUAGUUGCUGCCAAGGGAAUUGGUUCUUCUGCAACAGUUGGUUGUGCCACCUGCAGCAACUGGUCACUUACCUGUCACCAGCAGAGCUGUGUCACUCGGGCUCUGGGCACAAGCACAUGUUCCACCUGAGCAAGAGAAAAUCCUAAACAUCUAAAUAAAUACAGCAAAAUUCUAAAUUGCUAAUGUCACCUGUCACUGCAGAAAUAAAUUCCAGAUUUGUCUGUUACAGAAUGAGGCUGGAGCAGGUGGGUUUGGGAAGGGCUGGGGAGGUGUGGAAUGAUGUAAGAAUUGCACAAGCAGAGCUAGAAUAUAUAUGCACGUACCUCUCUAGAGUAAAAUAAUCUGUAUUGGCUGACAGAGAACAACUGUUGGCCACUGCAGUUCAUUUUGGGACCCAUCAAUAACUCAAUCUGAUUGAUUAAUCAGAGCAGACAAAACUCAUUUAUGGCUGUGGACGUAUAAAAGAUCCUGGGCUGUAUCUCAGAUGGGUCACAGUGUUGAGUUUUAAACU